AUGAGCCCUCCACCCAAGGGCCUGGAGGAGGAAGGUGACAGGUCAGAAAAGAGAGCCUCAAGCAAGCAGGCUCCCAAAGCAGAGGGCCUGGCAGGCAGGCAUGGAGCCCAGCCUGGCCAGAAGGAGGGGGGCAGAGGCAGCCCAAGGCCUGGGCUCCCCCGGAGAAAGCAGACGGAAUAUAGGAGCCGCCAUGAGGAGCUGCGGAGACAGGAGCGGAGUCCAGCUGCAAGGCCGGGUGAGGCCAGGAGGAAGAGGGGCAUGGAUGGGAGGGCUUCCACCAAGAAGCAGAGAGCACCCUCAAAGGACAAGGCGGUUCUGGGGAAGGAGGACUCGAGGAAGCAGCUGAAGAAUCCCAGGUCAUCAUCCUUGGCCUCCAGUACCUCUGGAGGGGAGUCCCUGUCUGAGGAGGAACUGGCCCAGAUCCUGGAGCAAGUGGAAGAAAAAAAGAAGCUCAUUGCCACCAUGCGGAACAAGCCCUGGCCUAUGGCCAAGAAGCUGACUGAGCUCAGGGAGGCCCAAGCCUUUGUGGAGAAGUAUGAAGGAGCCCUAGGAAAGGGGAAAGGCAAGCGACUCUACGCCUACAGGAUGCUGGUGGCAAAGAAAUGGGUUAAGUUUAAGAGAGAUUUUGAUAAUUUCAAGACUCAGUGUAUUCCCUGGGAAAUGAAGAUCAAGGACAUUGAAAGUCACUUCGGUUCCUCAGUGGCAUCAUAUUUCAUCUUUCUCCGAUGGAUGUAUGGAGUUAACCUGGUCCUUUUUGGAUUAAUAUUUGGUCUAGUCAUAAUUCCAGAGGUACUGAUGGGUGUGCCUUAUGGAAGCAUUCCCAGAAAGACUGUGCCUCGGGCCGAGGAAGAAAAGGCCAUGGACUUCUCUGUCCUUUGGGAUUUUGAGGGCUACAUCAAGUAUUCCGCUCUUUUCUAUGGCUACUACAACAACCAGAGGACCAUUGGGUGGCUGAGGUACAGGCUACCCAUGGCUUACUUCAUGGUGGGGGUCAGCGUGUUCGGCUACAGCCUGAUGAUUGUCAUUAGAUCGAUGGCCAGCAACACCCAGGGGAGCACAGGCGAGGGUGAGAGCGAGAACUUCACAUUCAGCUUCAAGAUGUUCACCAGCUGGGACUACCUGAUUGGGAAUUCAGAAACAGCCGACAACAAAUAUGCCUCCAUCACCACCAGUUUCAAGGAAUCAAUAGUGGACGAACAAGAGAGUAACAAAGAAGAAAACGUCCACCUGACGAGAUUUCUCCGUGUCCUGGCCAACUUUCUCAUCAUCUGCUGCUUGUGUGGGAGUGGGUACCUCAUUUACUUCGUGGUGAAGCGAUCCCAGGAGUUUUCCAAAAUGCAGAAUGUCAGCUGGUAUGAAAGGAAUGAGGUGGAAAUUGUGAUGUCCCUGCUGGGGAUGUUUUGUCCCCCUCUGUUUGAAACCAUCGCUGCACUGGAGAAUUACCACCCUCGCAUCGGACUCAAGUGGCAGCUGGGGCGCAUCUUUGCACUUUUCUUGGGGAACCUCUACACAUUUCUCUUGGCUCUGAUGGAUGAUGUCCACCUCAAGCUUUCUAAUGAAGCGACAAUAAAGAACAUCACUCACUGGACUCUGUUUAAUUACUACAAUUCCUCGGGUUGGAACGAGAGUGUCCCCCGGCCACCCCUGCACCCUGCAGAUGUGCCCCGGGGUCCCUGCUGGGAGACAGCUGUGGGCAUUGAAUUCAUGAGGCUGACCGUGUCCGACAUGCUGGUAACAUAUAUCACCAUCCUUCUGGGGGACUUCGUGCGGGCCUGUUUCGUCCGGUUCAUGAACUACUGCUGGUGCUGGGAUUUGGAGGCCGGAUUUCCCUCAUAUGCUGAGUUUGACAUUAGUGGAAACGUGCUGGGUUUGAUCUUCAACCAAGGCAUGAUCUGGAUGGGCUCCUUCUAUGCUCCGGGGCUGGUGGGCAUCAACGUCCUGCGCCUGCUGACCUCCAUGUACUUGCAGUGCUGGGCUGUGAUGAGCAGCAACGUGCCCCAUGAGCGCGUGUUCAAGGCCUCCAGGUCCAACAACUUCUACAUGGGCCUGCUGCUGUUGGUGCUGUUCCUCAGCCUCCUGCCAGUGGCCUACACCAUCAUGUCCCUGCCACCCUCCUUCGACUGUGGCCCAUUCAGUGGGAAAAACAGAAUGUAUGACGUCCUCCAUGAGACUAUUGAAAAUGACUUCCCGACCUUCCUGGGCAAGAUCUUUGCUUUCCUUGCCAAUCCAGGACUGAUCAUCCCAGCCAUCCUGCUGAUGUUCCUGGCAAUCUACUACCUGAACUCUGUUUCCAAAAGUCUUUCCAGAGCUAAUGCCCAGCUGAGGAAGAAAAUCCAAGUGCUCCGAGAAGUUGAGAAGAGCCACAAAUCUGUCAAAAACAGAGCCACAGACAGAGAUUCAGGGGACACACCCCAAAGCAGCUCCAAAACUGGCACCCAGCUGCAAAUCACCAAGGCAGAGCCCACAUCUCAUUCUGCUAGCCAAAGCCAGGCCCUGGACAAGAAGGCACGGGGUGCUGGGCCCUCCAGCCCUGCCAGUGGGACCCUGCUGCCUGCCUCCCAGCACCUUUCUGGAUCUCAGCCUCCCAGAGUCGGACCCGAUUCUGGCAAAGCCCUGUCUCACACUCAUCCCUGGAGGUCAGCCUCGGGAAAGCACGUGCAGAGGCCUCCUCACUGA